UGCAUGCUUGGCGCCAAGCAGUUCCCAUUACAAACAAUCACGAAGUGCACCACUGGAACCGAGACAUCGAGAAACGCAUCCCAACCUCGAUCAUUUAAUGUUAUCACCAUAAGAAACAGCAUUUCUCUGCUUUAGGACGAAACAUCGAAACCUGGUCAAUUUCCAUCUCUCCACAAACCCAAAACAUACGAUCAUCCAACAGACUCGCUGAACGCCAGCCGCACGACAACCACCAAAAUGCUCCUCGAAGAAGACCCCUCCACGCUCAUCCGCCACACAAUAGCCAACUUCAACAUCGCGCCGGACAAGUCCGCCGUGGCGCGGGUAUCCGAGUCGCUCGCGACGCUGCAGCAGGCACGCGAGCUGCGGCUGCGGGAGGCGGAGGCGUCGCUGCGGCGGCUGGGGCGGACGCUGGCGACGCUGGCGUCGCAGCACGGGGAGCUGACGGCGUCGCACUCGUCGGCGGCGCACGCGUCCGAGAUCGCCCGGCUCGACACGCAGAAGUUCCGCGUCGCCAAGGCCGCUUCCGACCUCGAGGUCGAGACGGAGCGCCUGCAGGCCCAGCUGGCCGAGCUCAACGCCCGCCUGCAGGAGCUGGAGAUGCAGGGCGUCGAGGGCGGGGAGGGGCUCGGCGGUGGCGGUGGCGGUGGGGGAGGUGUGGAGGAUGAGGUCCUGCUGCGCUUGAAGGUCUACCGGAGUCUGGGGAUGGAGAUUGAGCGGGAUGGCAAGGACGGCGAGUUCAGCCGGGUGGUGGUGAGGAAUGAUCGGAAGGGCGACGUGCACGUGGUCAACAUCGACAGGAAGUUUUCGAGGUUUUUCUACGCCAACUAUUUUUGGCAGAGCCUGUGACGCGGAGGAGAGGUGGCGGGCAUGUGGCCAAGGCGUGGGCGUGGGCGUGGGCAUGGACAUGGACAUGUGGCCAUGAUGAAUCAAUGAAUGGUUGGCCAGUUGGGCGGCGUUUGGGAGUUUUUCUCGGGAUUGGGAAACGACUGGCAGAUACCUGAUGCGCUGGGAAGUGGGAUGUGUGCGAUGUUUCCGUCUUCGCGGCUAACCAUGUUUGCUUGACAAUACC